AUGGCGGACGGUGUCGUUGCUGGCGGCCGGGUUGAGGCCCCCGUCACCUGGAAGACCUACCUGAUGUGCGCCUUUGCGGCCUUUGGUGGUAUCUUCUUCGGUUAUGAUUCGGGUUACAUCAACGGUGUCCUGGCUAUGGACUACUUCAUUCACGAGUUUACUGGAAAGGUCAAAGCCGACUACGAAGCCGCCGACAACCUCAAAGGCUACGUUAUCUCGUCCUCGAACAAGUCCCUCAUCACCUCUAUUCUCUCCGCGGGUACCUUCUUCGGCGCCAUUAUUGCCGGUGACCUGGCAGAUUGGUUCGGUCGUCGUACAACUAUCAUCAGCGGUUGCGGGAUCUUCAUGGUCGGUGUUGCGCUGCAGACUGCCUCCACCACCGUUGCCCUGCUGGUGGUCGGCCGUCUGAUUGCUGGAUUCGGUGUUGGUUUCGUCUCUGCUAUCCUGAUUCUCUACAUGUCGGAGAUUUCUCCCCGCAAAGUCCGUGGUGCUAUUGUCUCCGGAUACCAGUUCUGCGUCACCAUCGGUCUGAUGCUGGCGUCCUGCGUGGACUACGGCACUGAGAACCGCACCGACUCCGGCUCAUACCGUAUCCCCAUCGCCCUUCAGCUCCUUUGGGCUAUCAUCCUUGCCGUCGGUCUGUUCAUUCUUCCCGAGUCGCCUCGUUACUUUGUCCGCAAGGGCGAUCUGGCCAGUGCCGCCAAGGUGCUUGCUCGCGUCCGUGGCCAGCCUCAGGACUCGGUGUACGUCAAGGAGGAGCUCGCUGAGAUUGUCGCCAACAAUGAGUAUGAGAUGACAAUGAUCCCUCAGGGUGGCUACUUUGCCACCUGGGCCAACUGCUUCCGUGGAAGCCUCUGGUCUCCUAACAGCAACCUUCGCCGAACUAUCCUGGGUACUUCGCUUCAGAUGAUGCAACAGUGGACUGGUGUCAACUUUGUCUUCUACUUCGGAACCACCUUCUUCACCAACCUUGGCACCAUCUCCGACCCCUUCCUCAUCAGUAUGAUCACCACCAUCGUCAACGUCUUCUCCACUCCUGUUUCCUUCUGGACCAUGGAGAAGAUCGGUCGUCGCCCUCUGCUCCUCUGGGGAGCCCUGGGCAUGGUGAUCUGUCAGUUCAUCGUCGCCAUCGCCGGUGUCGUCGAUGGUAACAACAACAAGACUGUCAGCGCCCAGAUUGCCUUCAUCUGCAUCUACAUCUUCUUCUUCGCCUCGACCUGGGGUCCCGGUGCCUGGGUCGUCAUUGGUGAAAUCUACCCUCUGCCCAUCCGUUCUCGCGGUGUCGCCCUCUCCACCGCCUCCAACUGGCUCUGGAACUGCAUCAUCGCCGUCAUCACCCCCUACAUGGUCGACGAGGACAAGGGUAACCUCAAGUCCAAGGUGUUCUUCAUCUGGGGCUCCCUCUGCGCCUGCGCCUUUGUCUACGCGUACUUCCUGAUCCCCGAGACCAAGGGCCUUACCCUCGAGCAGGUCGACAAGAUGAUGGAGGAGACCACCCCCCGCACCUCGGCCAAGUGGAAGCCUCACGGCACAUUCGCUGCUGAGAUGGGCAUGACUGAGAAGGACGUCACCACGACCCACGAGGACAUUGCCCAGAAGGCGUAG